UCGGGAUCCCAAAUGUUUGCAUAUUGAAAAAUACUAAAAAAAUUCACACUAUGCAGAAUGCCUCCCCGAGUCCCGGCGGCUUCGCCUCCCGGGUCCCGGCUACCGCCGGGCAGCAAGAUGCCGCCGCCUCCCGUCCGUCCGUCCUUAAACCCCGGUGAGGAUCGGAUAGCCGCUCGCCGCCGAUGUCCCUCUCAACCUCUAACAUCCCAGCCCUACUCCUCUGCUCCUGCUGCUAUGAAGCAUCCACAACGGUUGAGCUCGUAGCGCCGGGCGCCUCGGCCGGGCAUGGCAGCUUGGUCCGUAGCGGGCGCGCCUGAGUCUCUCACGGACUGCGAAGGUCGGAGCCUAUGCCAUCCGCACGCAACUGCGGUGGCGCCUUGUUGCUACGGCUUUUAGGCGAGCUCAGAGCUCCAAGCUUUUAGUGGCUUGGCAGUUGGCAGGCUUGCGAAUUGCGAAGAAGAGGAACAAAGAUUGGUUGCGGCUUGCAGCAAACAAAGCGGUGAAAACAUUACGAAAGUAAUAGUAGCAUCAGGGCUAUCUACUGUUCAUACAUCUUUUCUCCGCAAGUACAUGUACUCCCAGGAUAGUUCAUCUAUUUCAUCAAUUUUCUGCAAGCCUGAAGAUAUGAUGUAAAAAGAUGGAAUCUGUGCAUAAGAUUUCAUCUUAGUUUUUGCAAUUAUAUUGUGCUGGCAUACUGAAGUCAAACUGCACAGAGAGAAAUGGUAGAUGUUGUUGUUCUUUUGGUCAUAAAAAAGAUAGGAAUAGCUGCGGCAUGUGAAACACUUAAGUUAGCCAAACCCUUGCUUGGAAAGAAUUCUGAGUUGCAAAUGGCACUUCCAGAUAACAUGAAACUGAUAAAAGAUGAACUUGAGAUUAUCAGUGCAUUUCUUAAAGAAGUUGGUAUGAAAGAUUACAACAGUGAAGUCAUACAAACUUGGAUAAGGCAAGUCCGACGGUUGGCUUAUGAUAUGGAAGACAUUGUGGAUCAGUUUAUGUAUCGUAUCAGUGAGUACCAACAGAGAGACACAUGGAAUUGUGUGAAGAAACUUUUCAAGAGACAUCCAUCUUUAUUUUCACUUAAUGAAAUUGCCAUAAGAGCAGAUAUAAUAAACAAAGAAGUUGUGGAACUUUCAAAAAGAAUAAGUCGUUGGGCCCAACCAAUAACUGGUAUGAAUUUUAUUCCAGCUGUAAACUGUGACAGCGAGCAGCAACUAUAUCAUCCUGGACAUGAUCAUUCAAUCAAUGACAAUGAACUUGUAGGAAUUGAUAAAAAUAGAGAAAUCUUGAUCAAUUCACUGCAUCUGGAAGAUCCCCCUCUUCGGAUCAUUGCUGUUUGGGGUAUGGGUGGCCUUGGGAAAAGCACCCUUGUCAAUAAUGUCUACAAAAAUGAAGCGGUAAUAUCCAAGUUUAAUUGCCAUGCAUGGGUUUCUAUCUCCCAAUCAUAUAAGAUAAAUGAUAUUUGGAGAAACAUGCUGAAAGAAAUUCAUGGAAAUGACAAUAGAGCAUUUGAUGCUGGAAGUAUAGAUAGUGCACAACUAAGAGUGAGGCUGACAAAAAUUCUGGAGAAAAAGAGGUACUUGAUUAUAUUGGAUGAUGUCUGGACUGCUGAAGUUCUUUUUAAAAUUAGAGAGAUUCUUGUUGAUAAUGGCCUAGGAAGUAGAGUGAUAAUCACGACAAGAAUUGAGGAAGUAGCUUCAAUAGCUGAGGCUGGCUGUAAAAUCAAGGUUGAGCCUUUAAAUGACCAUGAUUCAUGGCUUCUAUUUUGUAAGAAGGCAUUUCCGAAAAAUAAAAAUUACAUUUGUCCCCCGGAACUACAUCAAUGUGGUAAAGACAUAGUGGAGAAAUGUGAUGGUUUACCAUUAGCUCUUGUAGCAAUUGGGAGUUUAUUGUCCCUCAAAAUAAGGAAUCAUAAAGAAUGGAGGUUUUUUUACAAUCAACUCAUUUCAGAGCUACACAACAAUGAGAACUUAAACCAUGUGGAAAAAAUUCUAAAUCUAAGCUACAAGUACCUGCCAGACAAUUUGAAGAAUUGUUUCUUAUAUUGUGCUAUUUUCCCAGAAGACUAUCUGAUCCACAGAAAAAUGUUGAUUAGAUUGUGGAUCAGUGAAGGGUUUAUUGAACACAAAGGAGGAUGCAGCUUAGAGGAUGUUGGAGAAGUAUAUCUGACAGAACUCAUUCAGAGAAGCAUGUUUCAGGUUGUAGCAAGGAACAGUUUUGAUAGGAUACAGUGUAUCUGUAUGCAUGAUCUUGUUCGUGAACUGGCCAUUUACCAAUCGAAAAAAGAAAAUUUCUGUGCAAUUUAUGAUGACAUUGGGGUUGUUCAGGUGGGAUUACAUCCUCGUCGUGUAUCGGUACUCCAGCACAACAAUGGCAUUCAAUCCAGCAUGGAUCCAUCCAGGCUUCGCACCUUUAUAGCAUUUGACACCCGCAUGUCAUCAUGUUCAUGGCAUUCUUUUAUUCCAUCUGAGUCUAAGUACCUUACAGUAUUAGACUUAUCCGGCUUGCCUAUUGAGGAUAUUCCUAGUUCAAUUGGGGAGCUAUUCAACCUUAGGUAUCUGUGCCUAAAUGACACAAAUGUGAAGGAACUCCCUAAAUCUAUCAAUUUACAAACAUUGAGCCUUGAGCGCACACGUGCACUGAAUUUUCCACACGGGUUUUCUAAACUGAAUAAAUUGCGUCACCUCCUUAUUUGAAAA